AUGGCUCAACCAAGUUUCUGGUACGGCUUUUGCACGGCCAUCCUCACGCUUGCCGCCAUUACGCUGUUUCGCGCGUUCAGUCCUCUCCUAGCUGCCAUUUCCACUGCCGCCGCAGUACUGCUACUCAGCCACGAGGUUUUCUCCGAUAUCAGCCGCUCCCUCGAAUACGCUGGUACCCUCAGCAAAACCCAAGCUUUGGCAGAGCUGCUUUUCAGCCAGCAUGGCAAGUUGGCCGUCCAAGUCGUCGAGUCAAAACAGUAUAUUGACGCAUGCGUGCACUACAGCUGGACUGCCUCCGUCAUCACGACAGAUAUGAAGGUGAAAGAUGUGGUACUAGUCGAAACGGAUACGGGUACCUUGUCAAGGGAACAGGUGGUGAACUCGCUGCACGCAGGGCUGGCAAAACUGGUGCUGCGAAAGGCUAACAAGCACGUGGAGCUAGAUGUGCCUAAAGAGUAGCAGCGGAUACGCGGAGCAGGUUAGCGAUGCGAUGGGUUGGUAAGCUGCUCAAUCAUGGGACAUCCUGAGG